CCAGCUCCCACCCGCUAGUCUGAUCACAGCUCGCCGCGCCGCUCUCAGCCACAGCCUCGGUGCCUCGCUCAACUCCAGAAUGGCAAAAGUCCCCAGCCCCACUGAGACCGAGCGGUGUAUCGAGUCCCUGAUCGCUGUGUUCCAGAAGUAUGCUGGAAAGGAUGGCUACAGCUACACCCUGUCCAAGACUGAGUUCCUGAACUUCAUGAACACAGAGCUGGCUGCCUUCACAAAGAAUCAGAAGGAUCCUGGCGUGCUUGACCGCAUGAUGAAGAAACUGGACCUCAACUCUGAUGGGCAGUUAGAUUUCCAAGAAUUCCUUAAUCUUAUCGGAGGCAUGGCUGUAGCUUGUCAUGAGUCCUUUCUCAAGGCUGCCCAUCCUCACAAGCGGAUGUGAGGACCCCACCUGGCCUCCAAACCCACCCCAUUUCCUUCCAGCUCCCAUCAUCAACCCCUUCUCAGAGCCCACACAUCCCCUGAGCCCAGCACACCUACCACCCCAUGCAGGCCUCACUUGCAGGUAGCAAUAAAACAGUAUCAUUUUUUUAAAAACAGGAA